AGCAGAGGAACUCAUGGCUCACACUACAUUCUCCCACUGCCUCUUUGCCUUCAAGAGCAUGGGGCAGGCAAAGAGGCAAGCGUGUUUUACUCCAGAGGCACUGAAAUACUUGUAUGGAUCUAAAUUUGGAGCACACCAUCCUCACACUAAUGAACUGCAUUCCUUUACCUUGGUGAACCACUCUAGAUUCUGCGCUUGAAAAGAAAUACAGACUAUUUAUGCGGUUUAUCUAAUGUAGAGUUUGUUUUCAAUCAUGCCAACCUAAGCUAAUUCAAGAAAGCUUAGAAAACUUCCAAGAAGAUCUCUUCAACAGGAGUUUCAGUAUAUCCCCAGCAGACAUGGAUACUGAAAAUAAAAGUUGUAAUAAUAGUUCGAACGUGGAACAGAACGGCGGCCCGACCAUCAGCGCGAUGAUGUUCGCAGCUGGAGUUCUCGGGAACGUGGUUGCUUUGGUUCUUCUUGAGUUCCGCAGGAGGAAAGAGAAGAACCGGCAGAGACAGUCUCUAUUCCAUUUACUGGUGACUACACUUGUCAUUACGGAUCUAAUGGGAACCUGCUUGAUCAGUCCCCUGGUGCAGACUGCAUACUUAACCAACAUCACACUGGUUGGGAUGAGCGAGACUCGUGCGGUAUGUGAAUAUUUCGGAUUUGCCAUGACUUUCUUCAGCUUGGCGACGCUCUCCAUCGUCCUCGCCAUGGCACUGGAGAGGUGCCUCUCCAUCGGGUACCCGUACCACUAUGGGAGGCAUGUCACCAAACGCUGCGGAUACAUCACCAUCCCUUGCAUUUAUUUAGUCUGCUUUCUGUUUUGCCUAAUGCCGUUUGCACGCAUUGGGAAAUAUGUGCAGUACUGUCCUGGGACGUGGUGUUUUAUUUCAAUGAAUCCAAAGGAGACUAAGCACCAGGUUUAUGCCAAAGUUUAUGCAACUGUCAUGCUGCUUAUUAUUGUAGUUAUAGUGGCAUGCAACUGCUUUGUUGUUUACCAUCUGGUGUUAAUGUACCGGAGGCGCAAAAUGAACCGAGGAUCAGUGCAGACCCGGAGUAAAAGGGACAGGAGGUACUUCUCUUGGGCAGAGGAGGUGGAACAUCUCAUUCUCCUGGUCUUCAUGACAGUCAUUUUUGUCAUUUGCUCCCUGCCGUUAAUGAUCCGCGUGUACAUCAACUCCAUGGGAAAGCCUGGAGUCAACAACAAGACUGAUCUCAUAGCUCUGCGGUUCCUCUCGGUCAACUCCAUCAUCGACCCCUGGGUGUUCAUCAUCCUCAGCCCCUCGGUUCUGCGCUUCCUAUGGGGGGCGCUGUGUAAGACCACCUUCAAGCCCUCCAGAAACUCUCUAUUCAAAACAUCCAUUUCCAAGAACCCAGCAGGCCAAAUCGAGCUGUACCAACCCAAUUCCACCUCUGUGGAGACCACACACCUUAGCAAGUCAACCGUUCAGAUGAUCUGACAUGAUGUGAACAGUGUAUACGGACUGGACGGAUUCAUCUAAAAAAUCAAUAUGCUUCGAAAGGCAAGGUUUUGAUAGUAUUCCCAGUCUAUCUAUCUAUGUAUCUAUCUAUCUAGGAACAUCUUAACUGAUAUGUCCGCCAUCAGAAAGGAUGAUCUGGUUUGUUUGUUGAUCUAAAAACGAAUUUAGAAACCCCCUGAGGUCAUUUUACUGAGUGAGAUAAAGCCUUAGAGGUCAAAAGGAUAAGUUAUGUUCCCUCAACCACUACAAUAAUUGUUUUGAGACUGAAAGCCCUGUCAACUGCGAUCGCCAGAAGAACUUAAAAAAAGUUCAAGGCAUGUUCAGUGGGCUUUCAGUCACGGACACAAAGGAUAUUCUGUGUGCGGACUGCCUGAAGACAGAGAAACCGUCCUGAAGCAACCAUUCCACAAUCAUUGCUCAUUCAGGUUCCCGUUUUAGUGGGGGUUGUGCUUUCAAACAGGUCAAAGGUUAAAUGACAUGUCUCACGCAGUAUUUCACUUUGGACACUUUUGCUGUUGAGUGAAUCAUGUGACUUGGUUUCAUGCAUUUCAAGUCAGGCAGUUCUUCAAGCUGCCUGCUUGUAUUUAUAUUAUCAACAUAUUUAUUAUGCUUAAUUUAUGUUGAUACAACAUAUAUGUGUCUUCAUACGUAUGUAGGCUGACAUGAUUCAGUGGUAAUCAGUCAUUUCUUUCAUGUGAGAGAUUUUGAUUGUACAUAAUUGUACAUAGUUAGAAGCAUAUAAGCAUGAUGACAUGCGUGGUGCCGUUUAGUAGCUACAGACCUAUUCUUUGUGUCAAGAUACUUGUUUUUCGGUGCCUUUAAAGCUCUUGAAUAUACUUGUGAAAUAAUGUGACUCUUGUGUAUGCAUGUAAUUUAUGUUUAAGUGUUGUGAAAUUGUUAAACAUAACAUAUUCUAAUCAUAGCCGUCUGUAUGCACUGUGAAAAAGAGCUAAUCACUAAGAGAUCGUAGUCUGAAGCAAGACUGUGUGAUUUUCAGUUCAUGAAUUUGAACUAAGCAAGCAAGCAGAAUGAAGGUUGCAUUUUGGAUGAGAAUGUAAGGAAGUAGACUUAAAACGAACACAAAAAAAUACCCGUGACUAAAUAAGCAAUGUUUGUCAAGACAAAAAAGAAAAUCAUAUUCCAACUCAUGAACUGAAAGGGAGUCAGUUCUUCAAUUCUGAAUUUUGCCCAAACCUGCUCAUGUGUCUUCUUAAAAAAAAAGAAAUAAAGCAUGCAUACUCUCCCUGAGGCUAUAAAUAAGUAUGCAAACACUUAAAUGCUUAUCUAGUGCAUUGAUCCCUUUGUACAUAUUUAAUGUUCUUGCAUUACAGUGCUGUGAUAAACCACAUGACUUGAGAAGGCAAGUUUCCUUGCCAUGUGUUUGUAUUCGGGUUACUAGUUUGUAAAAUGUUGACAGUUUAACAAACAUUAACUAACUUGCUUAGUGUGAUUUACUUCAAACUGCUGCUCCACCAAGCAACUGACCUAAAUUGACGUUAGAAGAAAACAGCUUUUCGCAAUCACACGUUUCAGAGUUGUAAUUACAUGUGAUAAUACGAGAGGCUAGAAACGUUUGCUAUUAAACAAUGGUCCGCCUACACGAUGGAGUAAUCACUGAUAGACAGGAAUGUCUAACAUGUUUGGGGUUGUGAAAGAGGCCAUGCCUGUUUGAAAUCAAGAACAGCUCUGUUAUUUUUUUAUUGGUGAACGGAUGCUACGAGCAUCCGUAUGUGUUGCAGCAAAGUUUCCCAACAUUUGGUGGCAUAACAAGGGUUUUCCCCAAAUGUGGGAAACCCCUGGAGGUUUAUGAAGGAACUGCAAAGGGUGAAUUAAACAGUUACUAAAAGGAUUAAAGGAAUAGUUCACCAAAAAAAAGAAAAUGUGCUGAAAAUGUAAUCAUCCUCAGGCGAUUCAAGGUGUAGAUGAGUUUGUUUCUUUAUCAGAACAGAUUUGGAAAUUUAGCAUUACAUCACUUGCUCACUAACACUGUAAAAAAAAAUCAACUUAAAAAAAAGCUGUUUCAACUUAAAAAAAAGUAAGUAUUCUUGCUGCCUUAAAAUUUUAAGUUUACUCAACUUAAAUAGUUGAGUAGUUUUUAUGUAGUACAACUUAACAUGUUGACUAAAUGUAAAAUUUUAAGGCAGCUCUGUAGUGAAUGGGUGCCGUCAGAAUGAGAGUCUAAACAACUGAUAAAAACCUCACAGUGAUCCACAUGUAAUCCAGACGACUCCAGUCCAUCAAUAUAAUAUCUUGUGAAAUGAAAGCUGUGUGUUUGUAAGAAACAAAUCCAUCAUUUAGGCAUUUUAACUUUUGAGCAAAAUACCACUUCAUAAUCCAUAAUAACACUUCUUCUAGUGACGAAGUCCAUCUCUUGUUGUCCUCUCAUAAAAACUGCUUUAUCUUGUAAACAGUGCUUUAUCUGUGCAUAUUUCUCUCCUAAUUCAGAUGAGAAAUUUUAGCAACAUUUUAGCAAUAUUUUGGAUAUAGGACUUGAUGGUUUAAAGUUAAAAACAUCUUAAUGAUGGAUUUGUUUCUCACAAUUACACAGCUUUAAGCUUUACAAGAUGUUAAGUGAUGGCUUGGGGUCGUAUGGAUUAUUUGUGGAUUAUCGUGUUUUUAACUGCUGUUUGGACUCUCAUUCUGACGACACCCAUUCACUGCAGAUGAUUCAUUUGUGAGCAAGUGAUGUAAUGCUAAAUUUCUCCAAAUCUAUUCCAAUGAAGAAACAAAUUCAUCUAAAUCUUGGCCUGAGAGCGAGUACAUUUUCAAGUUUCAUCUUUUUUGGUAAACUAUUGCUUUAAAUAUUUUAUUUGCUUGCGUGCAUGACAUGUAACCAUUAAUCAACAUCAGAGAACCAAGAACAUGCUAAUGUGUUCUUAAAUUAUUGAAAUAUUAAAUUAAAAUCUCAGGGGGACUUCAAGUAAAUAUUUUAGGUCAAAGGUCUUCAGCUGAGAAAAAAGACUGGGAAUGUCCCGGGAAUAUCUCUACUAAAACAAAUCAUAAAGUUUUGCAUAUGCACUCUGUGCCACAGCGUUACCAUUAAAAUCAAUGAAUUCAAAGCAUUUUUGGAGUAGCGGGAAUUUACUAUUAAAUCAAUAGCAUCCAAAUCUAUAGUAAAAAAAAUAUGCAAAAUACUUCUGUGGGCUGUAAAAGUGCAUCAUUAGAUGCACCAAAUUACCCAAGCCUAAUUUACAUAUAAAUGAUGCAGUGCUGGUACCAGUGCAUAUAGAGCCUGGUUAACCUGUGGGUUUGUCCAGAUUAGUGAAUUCACUCUUAGCACGUAGGCGUCCUCAGUUCUGAUCAGUCUAGCACAUGGCGUCUGUGACUCAAGGGGAAGCACAAUGGAUGUACACACAUCUGAUAAGAACAGAACAGAACUCCUUAUAAGUCUAUUAACCGUUCAGCAGAUAAGAGGUUCAAUCUCACAUCGCUCAAAAAAACAACCCUGUUUAUUUUAUCAGAAAGAUUGCUGUCAUUACUAAAAGUUGAAAUCUCACUUAGCUUAAGUGUGGUUGUGGGAACUCAGGGUUUUUUAAGAGGUAAAUAUCACAAUAUGUGAAUAUUUAGAUAACAGCGCAGGGUCCUUGCGAUGCUCGUGACACGGUGCACCCUCUGGGAGUGUGGGAAGCAGGACACAGAUCUUGAUCUGUCUUGAGUCCAUCUCAAGCAAACCACAGUUGUCAUGGUAACAUAUCUAUACCAAACCACACCAUACAGUUCUGCUCAGGUGCUUACAGCUGUCUUGAAAGCUAGAAUUUCCAGUGGUUCCUGCAGAAUACUCAUAAAGGACACAUUUACUGUCAUAGAUGAGAUGCAAUCAGUUUUCGAAGCCUUCAAACUGUCACUAUCAGUGCAAACCCACUUUUUCUCUGAAUACGGUGGCAAUGAGGUGUCACAGUGAUUUGCUGUAAAGUACCUUUAAGUGUUUCCCAUGAUGCCUGAUUCUUUGUCUCUCGCCUGUGUGGUGUUUCACAGGCGUGUGUAGAAUGUCUAUUGAUUCAGCCCAUUGAUUCAGAAUGAUAUACGUGUAUUCAUUCUCAUUAAAAUAGCUACAUGAGCCGUUUCGGCUUCUAUACUUGUUCAUUACCUGCUUGUCUAGUCGACAAUUUUGUGUGAGACUUGUCAGUGAUGUAUUGUUAUUCAUCCAUUUCCAUAUGGAACUGUAAUAAACUGGUACGACUG